UUCAACACUUGCAUGGAGAUUUCUGGCACACUGCAGGAUGCAGACAAGCUGGGGAAGUCCUACAAGGCCAUGGCCAAGUCUAUAGAGAGUGAGGGAAACAUACAAGACACGCUCGAGUGUCUGGAGAAGUUAGCCGACAUCUCACGUUGCAACGGGCUGCAACACACCCUGGUGGAGGCCUUCUUGUGUCUGGGCAAUAUCUACCACACAACGAGCCAGUAUACGAGAGCGUGUGAGUACUUCCUGCAGGGUUAUGAAGUUGCCUGUGAGCUGGGAGAUGUGGCUCUGCUGCAGAAAGCUCAGGUGUUGGUGGCCAACGCUCGCGCCCACUCCCUGAUCUGGAAAUUCAGCGCCGACGUGGAGGCGGCCUCCCCGGCCGCCCUGCGGCGACUCAUCGCUUGGAAAGCGAGCGGACGCCACCGGGGCGUCUACAGAUAGUUCUGCUGCUGCCCGGUACUAACUCUCUAUCAGAUAAUCUUACUCCUGCUCUUUAAAAGGACGAGGAAGUCACACACAUAACAGCUGGUUGAUAUAUUAUAUGUGUUUUAGCUACUGUAAAUGUGUGACGGGAUGUAAUCUCCCUUCCUUGUCAGCAUAAUAAACUCAUGAGAGGCUAAAUAGAGGUUAAACCUGGAUUUUCUGGCUCAAAAUUAAAAAUUUAAACCAUAAGAAGCUUUUUUACGACAUUUUUGUCACUUUUUUCUUCGUUCUUUUAUCAAUUUUUUUCUUUAAACGUUAUAAAAUUAGUAAGAAGCUUUUGUUGCUUUUCCCGGUGUUUCUUUUUUUAACUGUGUUCUUUUUUUUGUUA